GUAGUGUAAAAUUAUAACAUUAUAUUUUUCUACUCCACUAAACAAAACCUUAAAGCGUUAGGUACCCUUGCCGUAAACCUAUAAAAAAGAAAUAAAUAUGUCACAAUCAUAAUCCGGGUCUUACCUAUUUAUUUAUGACAGUGUCAAUAACAGAUAGGUAUGAAAAUAGGCUAAAAUCAAUGAACCUAUACUUGUCUUAAAACUGAGCCGUAUCAAUAAUUAUGUAAUAAUCGUUUAUCUAAAUUUAUGAAAAAGUGAUGUAAUAUAAGACAAAUUAUUAAUGCCUUUGUUUCGUGAGCCAGAUGAUAUGUGCAAUGUCAAUGUGAACCAUGUUCGUAAGAAAAAUCGCUAUGAUAAGAUAGAAUUACCAUUACCAUUUCCAAAUACGAUAUCUCAAGAUAAAAAGGCAGACGAAAAUGAAUUAUCAGUGGGUUUGAUUAAAUCUGCGAAGAGGACAGGCCAACUCAGUUUAUGCAACAGGGGACUGGGGACGGUGCCAGAUAAUGUUUGGAAAAUUGAUGAGUUGAUUUUGGAUGAGAGCAAAGAGGUGGACUUCACGAGGCCUGAUUCCAACAAGUGGUGGACAGCAGAGCCUUUGAAGACCCUUGACCUUAGCUCCAAUGUUAUUAAAGUUAUAUCUGGCAAUGUCAAGUAUCUGCAACACCUCGUCAAUCUCAAGCUACAUGAUAAUGCAAUAUCUAGUCUUCCGCCGGAGUUUGGUGAGCUAAAGAAUUUGAUGACUCUAAGUUUGGCGCACAAUAAACUGACAGCACUCCCCAAAGAGUUUUAUAAGUUAACUGAAUUACGCUGGCUGAGUAUAUCCCACAAUGAGAUUUCGAAAAUAGAAGCCGACUUUGGAGAUUUUGUUAUGCUGACCUUUUUGGACUUAUCGCACAAUAAACUGACAAUACUACCUCCAGGUAUGGGCUAUUUGGUGAGAUUAGUAGAAAUUAAUCUGUCACACAAUCAGCUAGAAGAGCUUCCUCCUGAUAUUGUUAACCUCAGAGAUCUGAGAAAAAUGAAUAUUAGCAACAACAAUCUCAAGAAGUUACCACCACUAGGCGAACUGAGAAAAAUGGAAGUACUGGAUGCGAAUCAUAACGACAUUGAAGAACUACCCGACUUUUACGGCUGUGCAGCCCUUAAAGAAUUAUAUAUGGCCAAUAAUUAUAUUAAGGAGAUAACAGAAGAGUUCUGUGAUCAGAUGCAGCAUUUGAAUGUGUUGAACAUCAGGGACAACAAAUUAGAAGUGUUGCCUGAGAACAUCUCACUGCUGCAGAAACUGAAGAGGCUGGACCUUACUAACAAUAAUUUGAAUAAGUUACCAAGGAACUUGGGGUUGUUAUCUCAGUUGCAAAGCAUCAACAUGGAGGGCAACAAGUUGUCGUUUGUGAGGCAGGACGUGAUCAGAGGAGGGACGGAGAGGAUGAUGAAGUAUCUCAGAGACCGCAUCACUGAUGAAGUCGUCAGUGAGACUAGGCUCACUCCUGAGGAAUGGCCUGAUAAAUAUACACUGAAGAAAAGUCAAGCUUUAAUGGUGCCUGGUCGGGAACUGACGAACGUACCGGACCAUGUGUUCAAAGCGGCGGCCGAGGCAGAAGUACAUAUUGUCGACUUCUCUAAAAACAAACUCACUGAAGUACCCCGUGGCCUAGUACAAGUGAGUGACACCCUGUCGUCGCUAGUGUUGGCGUCGAACAACUUGUCCAAUAUCCCCGCCGACAUCAACCGAUGCAGACACUUGCAAUACUUGGACCUCGGCAAGAACCUCCUCAUGGAACUGCCGCCGGCACUCGGCGAUUUGAAGAACUUGCGAGAACUAGUCAUAUCUAAUAAUAAGUUCACGAAGAUACCCCGGUGUGUGUACGAGCUGGACAACUUGGAGAUAUUGUUGGCGGCCGAGAACAAGAUCGACGAGAUCAACGUGUCGUCCGACGCACUCGCGCGGCUCAACAAGUUGGCCGUGCUCGACCUCUCCAACAACAACAUCUUCACCGUGCCUCCGGAACUGGGACACUUCACACAUCUCAGAACCCUGGAGUUGAUGGGGAACUGUUUCCGACAGCCGCGGCACGCCAUACUCGCUAAGGGCACCGCCUCCGUACUCUCCUACCUAAGGGACCGCAUACCCACCAAUUAGUAUUACUCAAUUCUAUGGUCCUCCACGCUGUAACGUACUAAAGAUUGUUCUGCAAGUUCACAUUAGAAAAAGCACAAAAACAUCACAACAUUAUGAUUUCGAUCCUCGAAUAUUUUGUUGUCCGAAACGCACAAAUAGAAUCCCUUGACAUGUAGGUACAUAUAUUUUUAAAUAACGACCUGUCUUGUUUUUGGCGUAUACUCGAAUAAAUACAAUUAAAAAUGUAAAAAAAUCCAAAACGGACAUAAAUAUUAAGAAAUUGUAAAAUGUUGUUACAUAAAAUUGAAAAGAUACCAAAAUGUAUGUAAAUAAAUGUUACUACAAUUGUAACUAGAGUUUUGCAAAAAAGAGUUUGGAAUAAUUGAGGUCUCUAGUAUCGUAUCUGUGGCAACAUGCAACACCACGACUCAGCCGGUUUUUGUUGUUGUUAUUUUUAUCCAGUUUAA